AAUAUGUUUUACAUCCAAAAACCAAGAUUAAAACUAUAGCAACAAAUUUGAAAUUGAUCAAGUAUGUCUAUAAAGUUUGUCAUACGCCGCUAAUAUCUGAGAUUUUCGAAUCAUUUUAUAUCUUAUUUCACAAGUUAUCGCACGAUGUUGCAUUUCAAAAUUGACGUAUAUUGAGAUAACUGUACUGUAAAAUAUAAGCGGAACUAGGUUCGCGAUAAUGUGAUAUCUGUCACGUCGUCGAAAGUAUCAAUAGUUACACGUGUAUUAUACUUUGUAAUACUGAUUUACUUAUUUGUUGUUAGACGAAGGAGAGAGCAUCAUUUUUACAUAAAUAAUCUAUAUGUACAUACACAUUUGCUUGUAACAAAUAGUAUAACAUUGAUCGAUAGAUAUAAUGAAAGUGUCGAUGGAACUUGCUUUCAACAGGAAGAUUUACGUUCCUGGUGGCACGUAGUCCGGUCGAUGGUUGAUGUUAUCGAAAGUGGGAAACGUAUUUUACCGCAGUGGUAUAUUAUCACUUCUAACUGUGACUGAGGUGUACCAGUGAAUUUUAUCAUGAGAACUGAACCCAGUGAAAACAUGUCUCGACUAUUAAUAUUGCUUACUAUAUUUUUACCUUCUAUCGCGUAUUGUAAUUAUUUUGGGACGAACAAUGAAAAACACGACCAGUGCUUCUGUAAGUUGAAAGGAUCGAUCGAUGACUGCAGUUGCAAUGUAGAUACAGUAGAUUACUUUAAUAAUAUGAAAAUCUAUCCAAGACUUCAGAGUCUUCUAGUCAGAGAUUAUUUUCGUUUUUAUAAAGUAAAUUUAAAACAAGAAUGCCCUUUUUGGACAGACGAUAGCAAAUGUGCUAUGCGGUAUUGUCAUGUGCAGCCUUGUCAAGAUGAAGAUAUUCCAGAUGGAUUAAAAGGAGAUGUCUUGAGGAAUAUACACUUUAAUGAAAGUCCUGCAGAUAAAUAUAAAUCCUAUUCUCAAUUUGACGAUUGUCUAUACAGUGCUAAAGAUCAUAAUAAAGAACUUGGCUACUUGAACACUACCAUUAGUUUAGAAAAUUACAAAGAUUUUGAAUUGUGGCAACAGCAUGAUGAUGCCCAAGAUAAUUUCUGUGUAAAAGAAUCAAGUCCUGGAGAAUACGUGAACCUUUUGCUAAAUCCUGAAAGAUAUACAGGCUAUAAAGGACCUAGUGCUCACAGGAUAUGGCGCAGUAUUUAUAUGGAAAACUGUUUUAGACCUGAAAAUUCACCACAUAAUUUCAUCAAGUCAUCAAAAAUAAAUGGUAUGUGUUUGGAGAAAAGAGUAUUCUACCGUGUUAUAUCAGGUCUUCAUGCCAGUAUUAAUAUCCAUUUAUGUGCAAAGUAUUUAUUAUCCUCUAAAGAUAGUUUAGAAAUAGUACCUGGUGGCCUAUGGGGUCCUAAUUUAGACGAAUUUCAAAAGAGAUUUGCUCCAGAUACAACUGGAGGUGAAGGUCCAAACUGGUUAAAAAAUUUGUAUUUUACUUAUUUGCUCGAAUUAAGAGCUUUAGCUAAAGCGGCGCCGUAUUUAGAAAGGGAAGAAUAUUAUACCGGUAAUAAAGCACAAGAUGCGGAUACUCGUUUAGCAAUAAAUGAUAUUCUAUCUGUUGUUAAAUCAUUUCCAGAACACUUUAAUGAAAGUGCUCUAUUCACUGGCGGAGAUGAAGCUCAAUUAUUAAAAGAACAAUUUAGACAACAUUUUAGGAAUAUAUCUCGUAUAAUGGAUUGCGUAGGAUGCGAUAAAUGUAAACUUUGGGGAAAGCUUCAAACGCACGGUUUGGGUACAGCAUUGAAAAUUUUAUUCUCGGGAAAGUUUGAUAAAUGGGAAUCUACGUUAAACCACUUUAGCAAGAAACAAUUUUUCUUAGAAAGAAGCGAAAUCGUCGCUCUUAUUAAUGCUUUCGGAAGGUUGUCGGAGAGUAUCUUCGAGCUGGAUAAAUUUAGGCAAAUGAUAAGAUAGUAAAGUAAUGGCUAGGAAUGCGAUAAUUAAAAUAACACAAUAAAAUACAUCACACAAAUUAAUUUGUAUAUUAAUUAUACAUAUAGGAAGUUUAUCGGGACACUGAUUUAUACAAGCUAUUAAUCAUUUACAGAUGUUACAUCGGUUAUUAAAAAUACGAUAUAAAGUCGCAAUAAAAAUUGCUAAGAUCUAUGCCUAAAUGGGUUUAUGCAUUCUCUCUAGCAAUUUAAUACUCGGUAACAUAUAAUUUGUUAUUCAUAUAAUUACGUAAAAUUUGUUACGUUUAUGAAUUGUUUUGUGUCAAAGUUUUAUUGCGAUUUUAACUGUAACUUCAACUCCAUCUGUGAUAAAUAUUUUGUCUAUGGGAAAAACUUUUCAUACCAGUCCUGAAAGUAGUACAUGUACAAUAGUUUCAGUUUCAAUUAUACUUUAUUGUCAUUUAUCGAAUUAGUAAAAUGCUUCGAUUUGUAUCCGUGCUACUUUCUUAAGUAUGGCAACUUUAGAACAUCGUACUUAAAAUAACCAAAUUAACCUUAAUUUAAAAGGAAUAUUAUUACUCGAUGUAACUGCUAAUAUGUUAUUCUGAGCAUAACAGAUUAAUCAAGAAUAUCGCAAGACGUCGAAUCGGUGUAGUUAUGUUCAGACCAUUAACUAUAAAGUAAAUUAUAAAAAUCGUCCAGGGUGAACCAGUUUUGUAUAACAAUACGUAUGUUUUGUAAGGAUCUUCUAUUUCAAGUAUUUUAUAUUAUUGCGAUAACGAAAAUAGGUAGCAUAAAGUUUUACAUUAUUUUCCGAUAAAUUUAUAUACAAAAAAUAAAAAAUACCAAUGUACUAAAUUUCCAU